AUGGCGGCCCCCGCGAUGGCAGCGCCGCCGGCCUGCUUCCCCAUGGCGGCCAGGUUGCCGCUGCCGACGUCGAUCACGCUCCCGGACGCCGCGGCGCUGGUGCCGGUCGUCGGCUGCAGGCGCGUGGCGGUCAAGCACAAGGCCGUCGUGGUGCUGGGCGCCACGGGCACCGGAAAGUCCUGCAUGGCGAUCGACCUCGCGUUGCGCUUCGGCGGCGAGGUCAUCAACUCCGACAAGAUCCAGGCCUACGCCGGCCUGGACGUGGCCACCAACAAGGUGGGCCCCGCCGAGUGCGCGGGGGUGCCGCACCACCUGCUGGGCGUCGUGCACCCGGACGCCGAGUUCACGGCGGCCGACUUCCGCCGCGAGGCCGCGCGCGCCGCGGCCGGCGUCGCGUCGCGGGGCCGGGUGCCCAUCAUCGCGGGUGGCUCCAACUCGUACGUCGAGGAGCUCGUCGAGGGGGACCGCCGCGCGUUCCGGGAGCGGUACGAGUGCUGCUUCCUCUGGGUGGACGCGCAGCUCCCCGUGCUGCACGACUUCGUCGCCCGCCGCGUCGACGAGAUGUGCCGGCGCGGGCUCGUCGACGAGGUGGCGGCGGCGUUCGACCCGCGCCGCACCGACUACUCGAGGGGCAUCUGGCGCGCCAUCGGAGUGCCGGAGCUCGACGCCUACCUCCGUUCGCGCGGCCUCGGCGACGUCAGCGACGAGCAGCGCGCGCGCAUGCUCGCCGCCGCCGUCGACGAGAUCAAGGCCAACACGUCCCGGCUCGCCCUCCGCCAGCGCGGCAAGAUCCAGCGGCUCGCGCGCAUGUGGCGCGUCCGCCGCGUCGACGCCACGGAGGUGUUCCUGAAGCGCGGCCACGCCGCCGCCGAGGCCUGGCAGCGGCUCGCCGCCGGGCCAUGCAUUGACGCCGUCAGGUCCUUCCUGCAGGAAGACCAAGAAUACAGCAGCAUGGUUACCGCCUCCCUGUUUGCCUCCAGGGCGGCCGCCGCCGUCGCAGCCGCGGCUGUCUAA